GGCGAAGAUGAAGAGAAGUUUGCGUGCUUAAACCAGCACGCCAGGGGGUUCGAAGCAAAGCUGAGCCAUUACCUGGGCACCUUCCGUGAGCAGGACAACAUGCUCAAGGCCCACGACAAGGAGUUUCAGCGCGUGGCAGCUGAGAUGGCCAAGCUCCGGUCUUCAGAAGAACUUUACCAGCAAUUCUCAGAACUCUUCCUUCAAGUGAGGGAGUUCAACAGACGAGUUGUGAAGCUGGAAGACAACUACUCUCAGGUCAGCUUGCGCAACGGCGUAGACCUAUCAGUUUUUCAGGACACCGUGGCAAAGAUCCAUGAGCAUGCAGAGGAAAACUCGCUAAAGAUCGCUUCCGUAGAUCGCAACCAGGCAAAUUCGGCGCAACAGGUGGAUGUGCUCUCCAAGACCCUUGUGCACUUGGAGGAGGCCAUCCAAAACUUCGACCAUCGGGCCACAGUGAUCGACGGCGAAGUGCAGGAUUUGCACUUCUGGCAGCACGGGGCGACGGAGAAGUUCGAAGAACAUAACUCCCGCCUGCAGUCUUGCAAGGGGGAUUUUCAGAAGUGUCAGAAAGAGCUGAAUGCCAAAGGCAUCGAGCUCAAUGACCUGCGGCAGGACAUUUCCGCAACACAGAGACGGCUGUCCCGCAUCGAUGGCAACGUGGACAUCAUGCAGAAGUAUUUCACGGGCUUCGGCAAGGGCCUCCAAGACACUUCGCGAUGCGUCUCCUCUCGGGACACCUUUAACACGCCACGGACAUCGCCGCAGCGGCCGCACUCGGCGACCGUUUCCACAGGGCUGCCAUCGCUGCCGGUUCGCUCCGACUCGCCCACCAGGCAGCGUCCGUGGAGCUCGAUAGAGCGCACCACGCGCGAUAUUGACGACCUCUGA